CCCAUCACUCCUCACUCCCCACCAAUGUCGUCGUCGUCCGCCGACUACGACCGCUACAGGACGUCAUGGGAGGCCAAGCAACGGAAUAAGAAGAUUAUUGUGGGCUACCUCGAUUCCUCAGAGGGUAAGAAGAAGGCAAAGCUCAAGAAGUUCAAGGAGUACUACAUUGUGGUGACAGGCGAGGUCUUCUCGUUUGCCAAGAGCAAGGAGGACUUUGACAAGGGCAAAGCCCGUGGCGAGAUCUGCUUCACCGACGUCAAGGGCAUUAUCUUCCCCACCACCCAUGAGGAAGCAUUUGCGGCCGAAGAGACGUCGGGCUUUGACAUUGUCCACGCCGAGCCAACCAAGAAGGGCAAGGAGAAGAUUGUCACGUACACGUUCCACGGCCAGGAUGCCAAGCAGACGUUUGACUGGUUCAAGGCGGUCAAGGAGGCGUACCUCAAGCACCCCAAGAUCGUCGAGGAGAACGCCGUGCCCAUCCCGCCGGUCAAGCCGCCGCAGCCGGAGACCAUGACGCCGGAGCAAGAGGUCGAGUGGGAGGACAAGAUGGAAGAGUACGAGCUUGCCAAGUACAACUUUUGGUCCGCCACCUCGGUCCGCCAUCCCAACUCGAAAACAACUGUCGGCUACGUGCCCCGCAAGCUACGCAAGAAAAACGUUGAGCCCGAGGACGCCACGAGGUCCGGCCGCAAAAAGCUCUCCAAGGCCGAGGUCUUGGCCGCCAAGUCGAGCGAGGCGACAGCGUCGGCGCCAGUGCCGGGAGCCGCCCCUGGCGCGGGUGCCCCCAUCCCCGGCAUGCCGCCACCGGCGGCUGCGCCCGCACCGAUUGCCGGCUUCCCGCCGCCUUCGGCGGCGCCUGCUAUGCCGGCUAUGCCGGUCAUGAUGCCUGGCGACCCGGCGAUGCAGGUCCAGCUGCCUGGUAUGGACGGCGCCGCUGGCUUCUUCCCGCCGCCACCCGACGACGCCUUUGACCUUCCACCGCCGCCGGACCCUGACAUGAUGGACAUGAUGCCGCCUAUGCCCGACGCCGUGCCUGCCCCGGUUCCUGGUGGCGUCGCCAUGUUCCCGCCGCCGGCCGGCGACUUUCCGCCACCGAUGGCUGGUAUCCCGCCGCCGGCCGACGAUCUCCCGCCGCCGGUCCCAGGUGGCAUCGCCAUGUUCCCGCCGCCGGCCGGUGACUUCCCGCCGCCGAUGGCUGGUAUCCCGCCGCCGGCCGACGAUCUCCCGCCGCCGGUCCCAGGUGGCAUCCCCAUGUUCCCGCCGCCGGCAGACGACGUUCCGCCGCCGAUGGCUGGUAUCCCGCCGCCGGCUGACGACCUUCCGCCGCCGGUCCCAGGUGGCAUCCCCAUGUUCCCGCCGCCGGCAGACGACCUUCCGCCGCCGAUGGCCGGUAUCCCGCCACCAGUCAACGACAUCCCGCCGCCGAUGCCUGUCGCCAUCCCUUCCUUCCCUCCCCCGGUCGACGAUGUGCCGCCACCCAUGCCGUCGCCAGUUGCUGCUACACCGAAUCCUGCCCCGGCCCCAGCUCCUGUUCCGGCUGCCAAGCCCUCCCCGCCGAUCCCCGCAGCCAAGCCCGCGCCUGCCGUCCCCGCCCCGGCCCCGCCGAUCCCCGCCGCCAAGCCGGCCCCUGCCCCGACUCCCAUCCCCGCCGCCAAGCCGGCCCCUGCCCCGACUCCAAUCCCCGCCGCCAAGCCGGCCCCUGCCCCGACUCCCAUCCCCGCCGCCAAGCCGGCCCCUGCCCCGACUCCAAUCCCCGCCGCCAAGCCGGCCCCUGCCCCGACUUCAAUCCCCGCCGCCAAGCCGGCCCCAACUCCUGCCCCCGCCCCGACCCCGGCCCCGGCCCCCGCCCCGGCCCCGGCCCCUGUUCAGGAAGAAGUCUGGCAGGCUGUGUGGAGCCCGCCGCACAACGCAUACUAUUACUUCUCCAAGGCCACACACGAGACGGUGUGGGUCGCUCCGGUCAACGGACGCAUCAUCUACCCCGGCCAAUAA